AUGAAUGCGACGCAAUCAGUCCCGCGCUUCCUGCUCCCACGACUGAGCUGGACCAGUCCUCUCUUGACAACCACGAGCAUACAGGGGACACCCGCAGUCGCCUUUCAGCACACAAGAAACACGGCCAAAGGGACAGGAUGGCAGGCCACACAGAGGAGGUCUCUUCAUUCAACCAACACAACGACUAUUUUGAGGAUAUGUGGAAACGCCCAACCGACUAGGAAUCCGUAUGGCAUCCUCCACAACCCCGUGCUUCGGCGGUCCUUCCACGCCUCUGCACCGCGCAGACGCGACCAUCACUUCGAUACCCUCCGCUUUGUACAGCGUCUACAGGAAGAAGGCUUCACGGAAGAGCAAUCAGUCGCCAUGAUGAAGGUGCUAAACGACGUUAUCGAGGAGAGCAUCCAAAACCUCACGCGCACCAUGGUACCCCGCGAAGAAGCCGCCAAGACGACGUACACGCAAAAAGUGGACUUCGCCAAGCUGCGCAGCGAGCUGCUGUCGGCGGACAGCACCGAGUCGAACGCGACGCGGGCGGCGCACGAGAAGCUGACCAACGACAUCACCAAGCUCAACAGCCGGCUGCGCGACGAGAUCGGGCGCACCCAGGCCAGCGUGCGCCUCGACCUCAACCUCGAGAAGGGCCGCAUCCGCGAGGAGGCCGUCUCCCAGGAGCUCAAGAUCAAGGAGACGGAAACCAAAAUCGAGCAGGAGGCCGCCGCCCUGCGCCAGCAGCUCGAGCAGGUCAAGUUUCAGACCCUGCAGUGGCUGAUGGGGGUGUGUACUGGGUUUGCGGCACUGUUGUUGGGUCAUCCUCUGUUACGACUCGAGGAAAACAGAUUCAUGGCCGGCACGGUUUGGGAUUUGGAACACGGAGCGCUAUAUUCCAUAAGGCCGGCUCGACAAAGCCAGCAGUGA